AUGUCUCAGCGAAACCGAAGCGGCCGCGGCUCAAAUCGCAACAAUGGCAGCGGCCAUGGCGAAGAAGUGCAGCUAUGGGAAUCUGCCAAGGAGAAGAUACACGAGGUUGUCAACGGUGUGAAUCAAGAGAAUGACAAUUUGGCCGAGCUAUUGAAGCUUGACAAGAAGGCAGCUAUGGCUAGCAUGGACGGCGGAAACCCAUCAGGCAGCGAUCUUAACAAGAUGGAGCAGAACUGCCGUUCCGGUGUCAAGCUGUCGGAGAACAACUCCAACAACAUCAAGAACCUCGUUGAACAGCUCAAAAUUCUCAAGGCUGUGCAACAGGCCAAGGAAGCAGCAGAGGCUCCAGCAACAACCGGCGCCUCAUCACGGACGGGCAGCUCGACCCGCAAUCGAGACGCGGCAGCAGCAGCGCUCUACGACUUCGAUGGAGCGGGGGACUCUCCCGUGCCUAGUCCCAUUGGCGGAAGUUCACGCAAGUACGGCGACCGGGGUAGCAACCGCGACAGCAUGCCCCCGAAGGCAGAUAGCGUCGAGCCGCAGGGGUCCACGGGCUCCAACACGGCAGGCUCAUCGUCAGGUGCCCUAGGGUCAAGCGCUUCUUCUGCAGCUCGAAGCAAGAUCUCGUUCUCCAAAGGGGACAAGGUAGCCUUCAAGCGGAAGAAAGACGAGCCGCAGCAGGGGGAAGCACCGUAUGACUGGAUACUAGGUGAGGUGGUGGGCGUUAUCGGCGAAGGCAAGAGCCGGCGGUACAAGUGCUUGGACGUGGAGCCGGAGGACAACGUCAAGCCGAAGGAGUACAAGACGUUUGCGUCGGGCAUGAUACCGAUCCCGGCGGAGAACCAGACGCACAAUCUCGCUAAGCUGGAGGCGGGCAGGAUGGUCCUCGGGCUCUACCCGCAGACAACGGCAUUUUACGCGGCAGACGUUGUCGGCACGGAGCCGGACGGCAAGACGGUCAAUCUCAAGUUUCACGGCGAAAACGACUCAUCGACUACGCAUCAGGUGGAGCGGCGCUACGUGCUGGAGUAUCGGCCCUGA